UUGGACUAAAGGUUGUUAAACUCUACAAGGAACGAAAUCCUGUUGUUCCCUUCAUGAUUCGACUCCAACAAUAACAAUCAAAAGAACCCGCGAUAGUUAAUUGAUUGAGAUAAUCUACUUUCUUUGUUGCGCAACGAUCCUUUGAUUUUGCGCAAGUUUAUUUAGCUUUCCAUACAGGUUAGCCUUACCUUUCCCUACCUUUUGCCGAUGACAACCUUUCCAAUGCAUCAUAAUCGCCUCUGCUAACAAUCUUCAAACAAACUCUAGCCAUUUCCACCGUUUAUUUCCAUCAUCUCUUCAUCCCCUUCGCUCGCGCAUCUACUUAAAUAAUCAGAACGGUCUUCAAAAUGGCGGAGGAAGAUGCAGAUAUAGCUCUUUUACAUCAGUUACAGGCGGGUCAAGAGGCUACGGCUUGGGAAGAUGGAGAUAAUGGAAUCGCAGAGGGCGACCUACCUUCCAAUACAGAAGAUAACAACGAACAUGUCAAGCAAGAUACCGUUACAGAUGCUCAAGUUUCUCGUGCUUUGUCUCCUUCAAGCGCAGCCGCGUUAGCCGCUGGCGACGAUUAUGAUCCUUCCUCCGUUACAUCCCUUCCAGCAAUGGUAACUGAACAAGACCGCUCAAGACCCAGCUCUCAAACUUCUGUGCGCAAGCCAAAAAUUGUUGGAGGAUUUAUUGCAGAUGAUUCUGAUGAGGAAAAUAACGAAUCCCCAACAAUUACCACUGGUCAUUUGCAACUCCCUGCUUCUGAUAACCCCAAACGAUCUCCUUCCCCAUUGCAAAACUCUAUUACUCAACAGGAAGUAUCCAUCAAGAUGGAGAAUCAAGUUGAUUCCAAGACGGAAGCGCUUUCAUCUAUUCCUGCUUCUGUGAACCCGAGUAGCAUGGGAACACCCAUAGAACAAACUUCGGUGCAAGUGCCCGUCCUUGUUGGUACAUCGCAAAAUACAUCUAUUCCCAGAGCUCGUCUUCCUCAUGAUAAGAUAGGUAUGCUUGAAGAUCGUGUCAAGGAGGAUCCGCGAGGUGAUAUGGAAGCUUGGCUCUCUUUAAUUGGUGAACAUCGGAAGCGCAACAAGUUGGAUGAUGCGAGAGCAGCUUAUGAAAGAUUUUUGAAGGUCUUUCCCCAUGCUGUAGGUCAUACAAAAUCUUCUACCCGUUCCGCACUUAUUAAUAAUGAAUCAGGCAGAGAUUUGGGUUGCCUACACUGAGAUGGAACUCGAAUACGAAAACUUUAGUGCAGCAGAGCAAAUCUUUGGCAAAUCAUUGCUGACUGUCCCGAACAUUCAAUUGUGGUCGGUCUAUUUGAACUAUAUACGCCGUAUGAACGACCUUAAUGUCGAUCCUAGUGGUUCUGCUCGUGCAACCGUGUCCCAAGCAUACGAUUUUGUGUUGGCAAACAUUGGCAUUGAUAGGGACUCUGGAAAAAUUUGGCAAGAUUAUAUUCAGUUCAUUCGUAGUGCACCUGGUUCAAUUGGUGGCAGUAGUUGGCAAGAUCAACAAAAGAUGGAUCAAUUGCGAAAAGUCUAUCAACGUGCCAUCUGUGUGCCUAUGUCAAACGUGAAUGAAUUGUGGAAACAGUAUGACCAAUUUGAGAUGGGCUUGAAUAAGAUGACGGUGAGUUUGAUUUCCAAAUUUUGCAAUUCAAGGCUAACAGGUCCUAUUAGGGCCGGAAAUUUCUCCAAGAAAGAUCUCCAAAUUACAUGACUGCAAGAAGUGCCAACACUGCGCUAGAGAAUAUUACACGUGGUCUUCUGCGCACAACUUUACCUCGACUUCCGCCUGCUUUUGGGUUUGAAGGUGACCAAGAAUACUUACAUCAACUAGAGCUAUGGAAGAAGUGGAUUUUCUGGGAACAAGAGGACCCUUUGGUUCUGCAGGCGGAUGAACCAGAAGCUUACAAACAGCGAAUCGUAUACGUGUACAAACAAGCUAUCAUGGCAUUGCGUUUCUGGCCUGAGAUUUGGGUAGAUGCUGCUGAGUGGUGCUUCAACAACAACUUAGAUAAGGAAGGGGAUAGCUUCCUUGCUGAUGGAAUUGUCGCAAACCCCGAGAGCUGUCUAUUGGCGUUCAAAAAGGCCGAUCGACUUGAAUCUACUCUCGCCACCGAAGAAGCCGGGAAGAGCGACAUGGAGAAAGGGGCAAUUGUUCGGGUCCCUUACACUAAGCUUCUGGACUCUCUGUAUGAACUUAUCGCGGAUUUGAAAGUCAGAGAGACAAAAGAAAAAGCUAAACUUGAGGAGAACUCCGCAAUUGAUGCAUCCAUCAGUGCAAUUGUGAGAAAGGCAGAGGAUGAUGAUGAUGAUAGUGACCCCGAAAAAGAUGCUCGAGAAAGUGCUAAAGCUAUCCAGUUAAAUGCUAUCACACAAGGAUAUGAAAUGCAGAGAAAACUUUUGCAGCGUACUGUGUCUUUCUCCUGGAUCGCACUAAUGAGGGCCAUGCGGCGCAUUCAAGGAAAUGGUUCAAUUGAAGCAAAGACGGGAUCAAGAUUCAUUUUCGCAGAGGCUCGUCAACGCGGUAUGAUCACAAGUGAAGUUUAUGUUGCCAGCGCCCUAAUUGAACACAUGGUGUACAAGGACAAAUCUGGUACAAAGAUCUUUGAAAGGGGCGCCAAACUUUUCCCAAAUGAUGAAGCCUAUCUUCUAGAGUACCUGAAGCAUUUAAUUUCCAUCUCAGACAUCACCAGUGAGUUUUCUUCUCUUAUUUUACAACAUAUAUGAUUCUAACUUUGAGAUAGAUGCCCGGGUUGCUUUUGAAACAGCAGUCAGUCGUCUAGCACAGAAACCCGAUACUGUUUACAAGACAAAGCCACUCUACGUUUACUUUCAUAGUUACGAAUCCCAGUUUGGUACUUUGGAUCAAAUCAAGAAGCUAGAAAAGCGAAUGGCAGAACUCUUCCCAGAUGAUCCGAAGCUUCUCAGAUUUUCUUCGCGCUACAGUGUGGAUGGAUUCGACCCUACUGCUGUACGGCCCAUCAUUUCGCCCACUUCACAGAUGAGACCAAAAUUGGUUAUGCAAUCCAUUGAACAAGCUCCCUCCAUUCCAGACAGCCCGCGACCUCAAUAUGUACAAGAGCAAAGCCCGCGGCCACAGGUACCACCACAGUUUGUGCAGAACCAAAACACGAACUCACCAAAGCGACCUUACCCAACCGAGGACUUUGAGAGCGAGCUCAACCCUCCACGAAAACUAGCUCGUGGUCAGUCUCCACUAAAGGGAGCUGCAGGACGCAGAUUGGCUCAACAAAAGGGAAUUCAGCAAACGCAAGGCACGCCUGCAUGGCAAUCAAACACGGCACCAUACGUAAUCCCGCGGGACAUUACAUUCCUACUCAGCAUUAUCCCUCGUUCUGAUAUCUAUCUUCGCGACCCACAAAUGAAAGACAUAAAGUUCAUUCCAAAUGAUCUGGUGCGACUCCUUGCCAGAACCGAGGUCCCGGAUUACGUGCAAUGGAAAAGUGCAAAGGAACAACUUCAACAACCUCAACAACGCUAUGACGGUAUGAAACCCAGUUAUCAAGCUCCUAAUACUCGUGAAUCUUAUGGUUACGGUGGGCAAACUACUGUAAAUAGUGGAUAUUCUGGAGAGCAGCGUCACCUGUCGCAAUCUGGUUAUCUUCCUGUUGAUGAUCGAGUUUCAAGCGUAAUUCAGGGUCAUGAUUACACCAGAUCUCCUGUCACAUCCCAGGAUAACCAAUGGGGAGGCGGAUACAGUCAGGCGCCUUCUCAUUCCCGCAAUGCGAGUUUCGAGAGUAGAGGAUGGCAAGGGCAGCAACAACAGCCCGGACCAUAUACGCAAACUCCAUAUCAUGGGAAUGGAAAUGCCAAUGGUGGAUAUUAUCAUUGAAGCUAACUUUUGCAUCUUUUACAGGAUAUUCCUAUCGCUGAUGAUAUUUCCUUCCCAGCGACCAUGAUGCCAUUUCGCAAACAUGACCCUUUCUUUAUCAAAAAAUACCGAAUUAAGGCUCAUGAUGUACAUUUGAACAAACUUUUUCACUUCUUCAGCCUGCUCUACGUAUCUUUGAGUUUCUUCAGACUGACGUUACUUGUUGUUGAACCAUCGGAGGCGGCGGGAUAUUUCUGGUUCUGCAUAUCCUCUUCCGUUAAGAGAUUCUAGGCCGCACGCGUUGCUAUUCGUUGGGUGGAGGGGGUGCUCAUAAGGAAGUUUCACACUAUGCAUAAGGAUAUGCAGGUUUCUUUCUUCCAAAAAUGGCGUUUGGGAGGACAACUGCAAGCUCUGAUACAUGAUGCCAGCCAGUCGGCUCUGAAUGUAUAUUAAAGAAGUAUAAGGCAAUAAUUAAUGAAUGCAAAUAGUGAUGACUUAUCAUACCU